AUGUUCCCUGGCAGAGACAUGAACUACGGGGUCGAGCUGGAGUUCCUAUUCGCAUUCCACGAAGAAGAGCUUUCAGUCAGGGGAGACCAAAUCAAAAAGAAUCUCGACUAUGCGACGAGAGAGCAAUAUCCUGAAUUCACACCUACCACAUUACCCAAUCACGUUUACAACAGCUGGGGGAUAGUCGAUGACGACGCGAGCGAACCGCGAGCAUAUAAUGGCGAGCCACAAGCAAUAUUGCAGCGGAAUCUCCGAAAGCAAUGCCCUCAGAUCCCCACAAAGAUCUUUGGCACAAUAUAUGGUUCUAAGAAGGCAUUGGCGAAUCUCAAAUAUGACAAGUGGAUAAUCACGCCUGAUCACACUGUCAACGGAGUCGGAUCCGAGAACGUUCAGAACCGACUUCCCAAGCAUCACAUCUCAUCAAACAAAUGGGAUUCGUAUGGCAUGGAAUUGGUCUCCCCCGUGCUUAAUACGAGAUUCGCCAACCACAAGGAGGAAAUCCAACAGCUCGUCACUGCCGCUGUUGGCACUCCACAAAACAAACAUAGCUCAUUCAUUACGAACCAAUGUGGAUUCCACGUCCAUGUCGAAGCACCACAAGAUCUCGAAGUCCUUAAGGAGUUGGCAAUACUGGUCCUUCUAUUUGAAGAAAAAAUCAGCCGACUCCACCCCCCAGUCCGCCGACCUGGACAUGCCUCUGCAGCUGGUCAACUCGAGAGUAACCGCCUCUACUUUCUAGACGUUGACGAGGAUAAUCCAAACCGAGUGGGCGGUGACUUCAGUACCAAAGCGCUCAUAGCAGAGAACGGCAGUGUCCAAAGGAUUCGAAAUCGUAUCAACAUCAUUGCGAAGAAAACCUCCCUCUCGCAGAAAAUGUGCUGGCCUGCUCGUAUCGGAUCUCCAAAUGGAGACCGCAACCGCCUCGUUAAUUUCACAUACCUCGUCCGAGGUGAAGAUUUCGCUGAAACCAUCGAAUUUCGUCAAGCCCGUGGAACACUCGACCCCGACGAAAUCUCGCACUGGAUCGACUUCUGCGUCGGUCUGGUAAGGUUAGCGGAAUACUACUCAAAGAACCCGGACGCCUUCCCAGUAAAGAACUUCGACGAUCUACAUUCCGGCGAGGGUACUCCAGAAAACCCAGUCGGUGUCUUCAGACUCAUGAAAGAUAUGGGUCUAAGCCAGGAGGCCGUCAGAUUCUGGGAUGGAAAAAUCAAGAAAUACGAGGCUUACCAAGUUGGGAUGAAGACGAUAGGACGGACCUUGAAGUACCGCCCGUUAACGAUUAUUCCGAUUAUUCGGACGAUGAAUAGUCAUUCCACUAUCAUCGUUCCUCUUCUACCUCAACAACCCCAAAAGCUCCAACUACCGCCACUCUCAUCAUUGUUUCCUCCGAAAGUCCAGCUCCAAGCGUACCUCACGCUUCAUCUAAAACAACUACCAAAGAGCUGUGAUUUCGAAGUGAUCGAGACCAAGCAAAUGGGAACGUCAAGUCACAUGUUCUCUGAGGAAACAUCUUGGUGUAGGCACCAUGCCGGCGACAAACAACGGGGCAAAAAGCUUGAGAGCCUACACCAAAACCAAAAGAAAGCGAUUCCGCCAGCGACGAAACAAAAAAUUCAAACAAACACAAAUCCAUCAAAAAAGCUGCUCCGCCGGCGAUAA